GUCUCUUCAAUUUUUGCGAUCUUUUCGAUGUUCUUGGCCAAAGUUCAAUAUCUUUAAAUUGCGAGUUUUGAGUUGGUUCAUGAUGUUUCUCUUCAUUCUUGCUGGAAUCGGUUUAGGUGUACUGAUUUAUUACAUAGUUUCAGUUAUUUUGUGGAUUAACCUUGAUUGUGAUGUUGAGUUAUUUAUAAAAUCGAAGUUCGGAAAGAAAAUUUCUUCCUUGGAGGGGAAAGUCGUUUGGAUUACUGGGGCAUCUUCGGGAAUUGGUAAAAGUCUAGCUCUUCUUCUUGCAAAAAAUGGAGUUAAACUGGCGCUUAGUGCUAGAAGAUUGGAUGAAUUGCAAAAGGUCAAGGAAGAUUGUCUUCUCAAUUCCAGAGGAAAACUCAAAGAAAAGGAUAUCCUCUCUCUGAGGAUGGAUGUUUUGGAGAUGGAAAAGCAUGGAGAAAUCUUUGAGAGAGUCCUCAAGCAUUUUGGUCGCCUGGAUAUUCUCGUUAACAAUGCUGGUAGAUCCCAAAGAGCAUCUUGGCUCGAUAUUGAUCUGGAAGUGGAUAGAGCUAUCUUUGAACUCAAUGUCCUUAGUCCUGUGAAUUUGUCUAGAAUAGUGGCGAGGUAUUUCAUAGAAAAUGGGAUCGAGGGGCACAUUGCAGUAAAUGCUAGCAUGGCAGCCCUCAUUCCAAUCCCAAAUAUGAGUUCUUACAUUGCAGCUAAAAGUGCUAUCAACGGAUACUUCCAUGCUCUCAGGGUUGAAUAUCCUCAAAUAAAGAAUACGGUCUACUGCGUAGGACCCGUUUUCACAAACAUCCAGUUGGAAGCUUUUACAGCUGAGGCGAAUCAAAAGUGCGGAAAGCCAACACCACCCACUGAUAAGAGAUUGACUAGUGAAAAAGCUGCUUUCUACUUUGCCGUGGCAAUUGCAAAUGCAACUUCUUUGAACUGGGCAGGACUUUUCCCAUUCACUUUCCUCACCUACCUGGCAAGAUAUCCAGCGAUAUUGGAUUUUGCAAUGAAAUUCACAGAUUUUAGCCUCAUUAGAAAGAACGAAAAACAGGGAAAAUAAAAGGUAAAUUCUCAAAAAUUGUUGUAGGGGUAGGUGGGGCUACCUUGAGCUGUGGGACUA